AUAAAGAAGGCAUACUACAAGUUGGCUCUCCGGCUUCAUCCUGAUAAGAAUCCUGGAGAUGAUGAAGCGAAAGAGAAAUUUCAGCUUUUGCAGAAGGUGAUAUCUGUUUUAGGUGAUGAGGAUAAAAGAACUCUAUAUGAUCAGAUUGGUUUGGUUGAUGAUGAUAUGCUUGUAGGAAAUGCAGCUGAUAAUCUUCAAGAGUACUUCCGAUCAAUCUAUAAGAGGGUUACGGAGGCUGAUAUUGAAGAAUUUGAGGCAAACUACCGGGGAUCAGAUUCAGAGAAAAAAGAUUUGAAGGAUCUAUACACAAAAUACAAGGGUAAUAUGGACAGGCUCUUUUGUUCUAUGAUCUGUUCCUAUCGAGAACUUGACUCUCACCGGUUUAUGGACAUCAUAAAUGAGGCAAUAAAUGAAGGAGAACUCAAAACAACCAAAGCAUAUCAGAAGUGGGCAAAGAAAGUAUCUUCGAUUGAGCCACCAAAAGAUCCUUUAGCCAGGAAAAUGAAAUCAAAAGCGCAAACAGAUACCGAUCUUGUUGCACUUAUUUCCCAACGACAAAGCGGCCGUAAAGCGCAAUUUAAUUCUGUUAUUUCAUCCAUUAUGGCAAAGCAUGUUCCGACCGGAGAUCCAGAGCCAUCUGAGGAAGAGUUCCAGGCAGCAAGGCAAAGGCUUGAAACCAAGAACAAGUCCAAGAGGCGUAAGUGAUGAUUUGUGACACUUAUUAGAAGUUUUCUUUUGGAUGGACAUUGGAUUAAAACUCUAUCCGUAGUAACUAGGAUUGUCAAAAUAGCUUGUUGUUGGCGAACAACUUGUAUUUGGCUCGUUUGCUUAGUUAAC